AUGCCCUACAGGGUCUCAGGGGAGCUUGGGCCCUCAGGGGGCUUCUUCGGGCAGAAGCAUGGAUCAGAAUUCUCACUGAAUGAGUGUGAGUCACUAGGAUGGGGGGAAGAUGUCUGUGAUCCUGGAGAGGAUGCUGGAGUGAUCUGCUCAGAGGUCAGGCUGGUGGGCGGGACUGACCUGUGCUCUGGGAGAGUAGAGGUGCAUCAUGGGAGCUCCUGGGGCACGGUGUGUGAUGCUGACUUUGACCAGCGGGACGCAGAGGUUGUGUGCAGGGAGCUGGGCUGUGGGGCUCCUAAAGAGCUGCGCGGGGCAGCUGCAUUCGGCCAGGGUGAGGGCCAGGUGUGGGCAGAGGAGAUUCAGUGUAGAGGCAACGAAUCUCAGAUUAACUUCUGCCCCACAGCACCCUCACAGAAUCAACCCUGCUCCCAUGGAAACGAUGUGGGCUUGGUGUGUUCUGGUAAGAGCACAGAUGUGAGGCUGGUGAAUGGUAGCAGCCCCUGUGCUGGGAGAGUGGAGGUUUACCAUCAGGGAGGGUGGGGGACAGUGUGUCAUUAUGGCUUGGACAUGAGUGCUGCUGGGGUGGUGUGCAGACAGCUGGGCUGUGGAGAUGCUGUAGAUGCACUAGGAGAGGCUCACUUUGGACCAGGGUCUGGGAGAAUAUGGAUGGCUGGUGUGUUCUGCAGUGGAUCAGAAUCCUCACUGAAGCAGUGUGGGUCACAAGGAUGGACUGAAGAUCACUGUGAUCAUAGAGAGGGUGCUGGAGUGAUCUGCUCAGAGGUCAGGCUGGUGGGCGGGACUAACCUGUGCUCUGGGAGAGUAGAGGUGCAUCAUGGGAGCUCCUGGGGCACGGUGUGUGAUGCUGACUUUGACCAGCAGGACGCAGAGGUUGUGUGCAGGGACCUGGACUAUGGCGUCUCCUACAGCACAGUGUCCCCCUCACUGUGUUUGGGCUUUGGGGGUAAUUGA